AUGACAGGCCGUCCGCCUCCCGGGGGUCCCGCGCCCCCGCGAAACGAUCUCCUGCUCGAUCUCGACAAUGAUCAGCCCGUAUACAGCACAGGCCAGCGGUCAGCCUUGACCGACGACGACCUCUUAAAUUCAUAUGCCUACGACCAGGACGGUGCGCAGGCGCGUCCCUCGGUAUCCUACGAUGACUUUGUAGGCUCUGGACAGGCAAGACAACAACCAGGAGGGAGGGGGCCACCACCGGUUGGCACAUCGGCUUCCGCCGCAGGCCCCGCAAGCCCGUAUGGAUCGCAACCGGUCAACAGGCAAUACAGCCAGACGUCAGAUCUGGGCAACUACCAGAGAUACGCCGACGACUUUGACGACUAUCCGGAGGAUGGGACCUCAUAUUACCAGGCCGGGGGAGCGCCCGGCGCUGAUUCCGCAGCGGCGGCCAAUGCGAGGAACCGUAAUAGUGUUCUGAGCCUGGGUGGCGGCUUGCUCGGAAGAGUGAAAAACAAGCUUGGAAUGGGUCAGGGAUACUCGGAAAUGGAUCUGCCACUGACGGAAUCACGGACGGGACCAAGACCCGAACCCGGGGGUGCCGGAGGAGGGGCUCCUCCGCCGAAGGAUAAGGGGAAUUUCAAGUUCGGCUUCGGACGGUCGAAGCCCGACCCGUCGACACUCGGACCCCGAAUCAUCCAUCUCAACAACCCCCCAGCGAACGCCGCGAACAAAUACGUCGACAACCACGUAUCGACGGCCAAGUACAAUGUUGCUACCUUUCUGCCCAAGUUCUUGUUUGAGCAGUUUUCGAAGUUUGCCAACAUUUUCUUCUUGUUCACCGCUGGCUUGCAGCAGAUUCCGGGCCUGUCGCCAACAAACAGAUACACCACCAUCGGUCCCCUUAUUGUUGUGUUGUUGGUAUCAGCGGGUAAGGAGUUGGUGGAGGAUUACCGGCGAAAACAGGCCGACAAGGCCCUAAACCAGUCCAAGGCGCGGAUCUUACGAGGGUCAUCUUUUGAGGAAACGAAGUGGAUCAAUGUUUCCGUGGGCGACAUUAUUCGGGUUGAAUCCGAGGAGCCUUUCCCGGCCGAUUUGGUCUUGGUGGCAAGCUCGGAGCCGGAAGGAUUGUGCUAUAUCGAAACCGCAAACCUGGAUGGAGAAACCAAUCUGAAGAUCAAGCAGGCCCUACCCGAGACGUCGACAAUGGUUAGCUCGAGUGAUCUUGGCAGGUUGGGAGGCAGGAUCAAGUCCGAGCAGCCCAACAGCAGCCUUUACACAUACGAAGCUACCCUGACGAUGCAGGCUGGUGGAGGAGAGAAAGAGCUGCCCCUGAAUCCCGAGCAGCUGUUGCUUCGUGGUGCUACUUUGCGCAACACCCCCUGGAUCCACGGUGUGGUUGUGUUCACCGGCCACGAGACCAAGCUCAUGCGAAAUGCAACGGCGACCCCCAUCAAACGCACCAGGGUUGAGAAACAGCUCAACACCCUCGUGUUGGUUCUCGUCGGUAUUCUUUUGGUUCUCAGUGCCAUCUCUACCAUCGGUCAUCUUGUCCAGCAAAGUGUUCAAGGUGACGCCCUCGCUUAUCUCUACCUGGAUUCCAUGGACGGCGCCGCUGCUGUUGCUCGUCUCUUUAUCAAGGAUAUGGUAACGUAUUGGGUGCUCUUCUCCGCUUUGGUUCCCAUCUCUCUCUUCGUCACCCUCGAAUUGGUCAAGUACUGGCACGGCAUUCUCAUCAAUGACGAUAUGGAUAUCUACUACGACGUCAACGACACCCCUGCGAACUGCCGCACGUCGAGUUUGGUGGAGGAGUUGGGCAUGGUGGAAUAUGUGUUUUCCGACAAGACUGGUACCUUGACCUGCAAUAUGAUGGAGUUCAAGGCGUGUUCGAUUGCUGGAAUUAUGUAUGCCGAAAAGGUGCCCGAGGACCGCGUGCCGACGAUGGAGGAUGGUGUCGAAGUUGGAAUCCAUGAGUUUAGGCAGCUCAGGGAGAACAUUAAGAGCCACCCUAGCGCCCAGGCCAUUCACCACUUUCUUGCCCUGCUGGCCACCUGCCACACGGUUAUCCCCGAGACGAGCGACACUGGCAACAUCAAGUACCAGGCUGCUUCUCCUGACGAAGGUGCUCUUGUCGAAGGAGCUGUGCAGCUGGGCUACAAGUUUGUGGCUCGUAAGCCCCGCGCUGUGAUUAUCGAGGCCAAUGGUGAAAGGCUCGAGUACGAGCUUUUGGCUGUGUGCGAGUUCAACUCCACCAGAAAGAGAAUGACUACCAUAUACCGCUGCCCUGACGGGGUGGUUCGCUGCUACACCAAGGGUGCUGAUACUGUUAUCUUGGAGCGUCUGAACGAUAACAACCCGCAUGUCGAUGUCACGCUUCGCCAUCUCGAGGAGUAUGCGUCGGAAGGUCUCCGGACUCUGUGCUUGGCCAUGCGCGAGGUUCCUGAACAUGAGUUCCAGGAGUGGUUCCAGAUCUAUGAAAAGGCCCAGACGACUGUCGGCGGAAACCGCGCAGACGAACUCGACAAGGCUGCGGAGCUCAUUGAGCAUGACUUCUACCUGCUUGGUGCCACCGCUAUUGAGGACAAGCUGCAAGAUGGUGUCCCCGAGACUAUUCACACGCUUCAGGAGGCCGGUAUCAAGGUCUGGGUCCUCACUGGCGACAGACAAGAAACUGCCAUCAAUAUUGGCAUGAGUUGCAAGCUUCUCAGCGAAGACAUGAUGCUGCUCAUUGUUAACGAGGAGGAUGCCGAUGCUACAAGGGACAACCUGCAAAAGAAGAUUGAUGCCAUUCGGAAUCAAACCGAUGCGACGAUUGAGAUGGAUACUCUGGCUCUGGUCAUUGAUGGAAAAUCCCUGACGUACGCCCUGGAGAAGGACAUGGAGAAGCUUUUUCUCGAUCUCGCGGUCAUGUGCAAGGCGGUUAUUUGCUGCCGUGUGUCUCCACUGCAAAAGGCCAUGGUGGUUAAGCUGGUCAAGAAGUAUCAGAAGCAGUCGAUUCUUCUCGCUAUUGGCGAUGGAGCCAACGACGUUUCCAUGAUUCAGGCUGCUCAUAUUGGUAUUGGUAUCAGUGGUAUGGAAGGUCUCCAGGCUGCCCGCAGUGCUGAUGUUUCCAUUGCUCAGUUCCGGUACCUGAGGAAGCUGUUGCUUGUGCACGGUGCGUGGAGUUAUCACCGUGUGGCGAAGGCUAUUUUGUUUUCUUUUUACAAGAACAUUACCUUGUAUCUGACGCAGUUUUGGUACACGUUCCAAAACGUCUUCUCUGGUGAAGUCAUUUACGAAUCCUGGACCCUCUCCUUCUACAACGUCUUUUACACGGUCCUCCCUCCCCUCGUACUUGGUAUCCUCGACCAGUUUGUCUCCGCCCGCCUGCUUGACCGCUAUCCCCAACUCUACAACCUUGGUCAGAGCAACAGCUUCUUCAACAAGCGCGUCUUUGCCUCCUGGAUCUCCAACGCGGUCUACCACUCUCUCCUGCUCUACAUUGGCGGCUCCCUCUUCUGGAUCAACGAUGGUGUCCAAGGCAACAGCGUCCCCGCCGGAAAAUGGGUCUGGGGUACAGCCAUGUACGGCGCCGUCUUGUUGACUGUUCUUGGCAAGGCCGCGUUGGUGACGAACAACUGGACCAAGUACCACGUCAUCGCCAUCCCAGGCUCGUUUGUGAUUUGGGUGGUGUUUGUAGCUGUCUACGGCAUUGUCGCGCCCAAGCUCAACUUUUCGACGGAAUACCACGGGAUCAUCCCCUUGCUGUUUUCCAGCCCGCAAUUUUGGAUCCAGAUGCCGACGCUGGCGAUUUUGUGCUUGUCGAGGGAUUUUGCGUGGAAGUUUAGCAAGAGGUUGUGGAAGCCGGAGGCGUAUCACCAUGUGCAGGAGAUUCAAAAGUAUAAUAUUCAGGAUUAUAGGCCGAGAAUGGAACAAUUCCAAAAGGCGAUUAGAAAAGUGAGGCAGGUGCAGAGGAUGAGGAAGCAGAGGGGGUACGCCUUUUCGGCGGCGGACGAGUCGCAGACGAGGGUGUUGCAGGCGUAUGAUACUACGCAGCAUAGAGGACGGUAUGGAGAGAUGGCUAGUUCGAGGCCGGUGCAAUGA